GUGGCAGCAGAGAAAAGAAGCGGGGUGACAAAAGAGUCUAGCCUUCGUCGUCACGUGACGUCACGUCACUCGUCAGUUGAUUCCUCUUGCGUUCCUGAGCAGCGAUAUCGCACACAAGCAUGGCUCUCCACCGGUUAUUCCAGCUGUCCUCCCUCUUCCGCUCCGCCGUGACGGUGACCCUGCGCAGAAACAUUGGCAUCUCCGCCGUAAUGUUCAAGCAGGCCAAAGACAUGGACCCUGUCCAGAAACUCUUCCUGGACAAAAUCCGUGACUACAAUACCAAGAGCAAGGCUGCAGGCGGUGUGGUGGAGGGCGGACCGGGCUACCAGAAGAACCUGAGCGAGGAGGUCACCAAACUGCAGAGGCUAUACGGCACCGGGGACCUCACCAAAUUCCCCGACUUCAAAUUCACCCAGCCCAAACUGGACGAGGUGGCCAAGUGAAGAAGCCUGUUCACUCUGCACUACUGUCUCUCGUCUUUUCUGUUCAAUAUGAAUCUGAUGAAUAUUUAAUAAAUGUCCUUGUUAGACAAGGUUGGAUGUUA